GAAUUUACCUCUCAGCGGGAGAACCUAAGCAGCACGGGAGGCCGCUGCUUUCCCCACCAUGACUGACGGUUGGGGCAGCAAACUUGGGUUGGGCACCAGUAAGCUUUCCUGUUGAAUGUGGCCUGUGCCCAUCUGAGUCACCAACAACUUCAAAACAUCACAUCUUACCCUCAUACCUUAAUUGAUGCAUCAUCCUGAUUCGUGCGCUACACCCAAAAUUCCGCACUUCCAUCCCACCAGUCAUGUCCGACGUGGAAGAAGCCCUCACCAAACCCGAGUACUGGGACGAACACUACACCAAGUCGGACGGACAGGCACCUACGCACGAAUGGUUCCGUUCCUUCGCCGACCUGGAAGAGUUCUUUCAGACGUCACUCUUUGAAGCUCCAGGACGUACAGUGGCCGACGACCCAGUGAUUCUCCAUCUCGGCUCAGGAGAUAGUGUUAUCCCAUUGGAGUUUGACUCGCGAGGCUACCGCCGCCAAGUAUGCGUCGAUUUCUCGCCCAGGAUUGUGGAAAUGAUGACAGAGCGACACAGAGACGUGUCGGGCAUAGAAUGGCGACGCAUGGAUGUACGAAAUAUGGCCGAGGUCGCGGAUAAGUCUAUCGGCGUCGCUUUCGAUAAGGGGACGCUCGAUGCCAUGAUCCACGGAAGCCCUUGGAGCCCGCCCCCAGAUGUCAGAGACAACACGAGCAGAUAUCUGGCAGAGGUUCACAGAGUAUUGUCAGACGAUGGCGUCUUUCUUUAUGUCACCUUUAGGCAGCCUCAUUUCAUGAGGAGCUUGCUAAACCAGCAGGAUUUGUGGGACUUGGACCUACAAAUUCUCGGCACAAACAAUGGCGGGUUUGAAUACUACGGUUGGGUGAUUCGGAAGGCGACGAGCAAGGAGCAAAAGCCAUGAAUUUACUUUUAUUCUUGUUUUCUUCUUCUUUUUCCUUCCACAUGACAUUGCACUUGCUAGGAUAUCAUGCCGCGGAAUGUAGUCC